AGGCGGAAGCAGCGCCGGCGCGGAACCUGCUCUGCCGCAGCGAUGGCUGCCGGUGUCCCCUGCGCGCUGGUUACCAGCUGCUCCGCCACCUUCACCGGGGACCGGCUGGUGCAACAUAUCCUUGGGACAGAAGAUGCUGUUGUGGAAGCAACUUCCAGCGAUGCUGUGAGGUUUUACCCCUGGACCAUCGAUAACAAGUACUAUUCUGCAGAGGUCAACCUGUGCGUGGUGCCAAGCAAGUUCCUGGUCACUGCCGAGAUUGCCGAGUCAGUCCAGGCGUUUGUAGUUUACUUUGACAGCACACAGAAAUCAGGUCUUGACAGCGUCUCCUCGUGGCUUCCUCUGGCAGAAGCAUGGCUAGCUGAGGUGAUGAUCCUGGUCUGUGAUCGAGUGUGUGAAGACGGAAUAAACCGACAACAGGCUCAAGAGUGGUGCAUCAAACAUGGCUUUGAGUUGGUGGAACUCAACCCAGAGGAGCUGCCCGAGGAGGACGAUGACUUCCCUGAAUCUACAGGUGUAAAGCGGAUUGUACAAGCAUUGAAUGCCAAUGUCUGGUCCAAUGUCGUGAUGAAGAGUGACAGGAGCCAGGGCUUCAGCCUUCUCAACUCACUGGCUGGGGCAAAUCGCAGAGUUGCAUCAGCAGAGAGCUGCCACUCUGAGCAGCAGGAGCCGUCGCCAACAGCUGAGAGGACAGAGUCCCUCCCUGGCCAUCACAGUGGUGCGUGUGGCUCAGCAGGCGCACAGGUUGACAGCAUUGUCGACCCUAUGUUAGACCUGGAUAUUCAAGAACUGGCCAGUCUUACCACUGGAGGAGGUGAUCUGGAGAACUUCGAGAGACUCUUUUCAAAGUUAAAAGAAAUGAAAGACAAGGCUGCGACGCUUCCUCAUGAGCAAAGAAAGUUGCAUGCAGAAAAGGUGGCCAAAGCCUUCUGGAUGGCAAUAGGAGGGGACCGAGAUGAGAUCGAGGGCCUUUCUUCUGAUGACGAGCACUAAGCUCUUCUGCUAGGUUUGACGACUCCGAUGCCAGCACCGUGCUCCCCAAGUGCUUCCCUUCUCAACGGGGUUCUCUUCUGCCAAGAUUGCCAUUAGCACUCUGGCCACCUGACUGGUUUUUGGGGUUCCCUUACCUGAGCUUUUAGAAAGGCGCUAGGGAGAAAUCUUUGUUCCUGCCGCAUAAGUGACGGAGGAGUGAAAUGACAGUGUGGAAACCCUUCAGAUCUACAGUCUUCGUUUUAAGAACCUGGGUAAAAUGAGGCUCGGAAAUGUGUAAUACAGGAGAACCAAGUGUCGGAGAGCGCACUGUGACCUCAGCACUGAGGGUCUGAGGCCAGGCUGGGCUCCACAGGGAGUUCUGCUUCUGUGCUAGAUUGCCCCAUUCAUACCGUCUGCAGGUCAGGAGCUUGUGCUAUCGGCUGUGUACUGUCACUGGUCCCCGCCAAGAGCACAGCUCUGACCUAAGGUGAAUGCUGGUGACAAGAAAGGCAGCUGUAGAUGUAGGAUGUGCCUAAGGGAUAGGGAACAGGUGGCUCAUGGGUUUGUCUCUUAGUCCUUAGUAAGUUCAGUGUCUGAGUUCCUGCCACAAAGCAGCAAAAGCCAGGUGUGUCUCUAUAAGAAACAGAGGCGAAGGUUUCCUCCUCUGGGGAAUGUAAACUCCCCUCUCCCCACUGCUGGGCAAGGGCCCUGAGUGCCCUCGUGUGGACCCAGGGAGCAGCAGUGUUGGUUCUGAGCACACUACUGACACUGGCAGCUGUGCUCUUCGACCACUGAGUGCUCUCCCUGGCGACGUGAGGUUUCAGAGCAGGUCUCCCCUUCUUUCUGCUUGGAAGCCAGAGGUUGCUGUCAAAGCACCAGUUCCAAGCAGUGCGGGGAUAGGUGAGCCUCCCAACAGCCAGGUCCUGAGCCACCAUCAUGGUUCACUUCCAGGGCUGUUGGCUCCUCCACACUCCAGGGCCCAGCCCCAGGGGGGCACGGAGCAAAGUUCUAAAGGAAAAGAGGGGAAAAGGUCUAAAAGUGCCUAGUCUGUCAUCACAGACACUUCUGUGAGGCAGGCGUGAGUCCCCUGCAUUGUCGUCGGUCUCUAAGGAUAUGCGGCCAUGUACAUGGUACUCAUCGUGGGCUGAGAGCUGGCCUGACUUAGUGUCAACCAUGACUUAGGUCAUGACCAGAAACAAGACGUACCUGCUUGGGUACCACUUACAGGACCUGAAACAUGCUUGGCCAGGCCAGAACCAACCCAGGGAGGAGGCAUGGUCCUGGUGAUGACGGUAUUCUAGAAACAGUGGGUGCUGGUUUGCUCCGGGUUCCUGUGUUCCCACUCCCCACACUCUGAUCUUGUAAGCUUUGAGCUUGGGUUUACCACCAGCCUUUCAGGGGGACUAAUACUUUAAGGUGAGUGCAUUCACCACUGGUUAGAAGGGAAAUUAGGGAAGUUGGCUGUGGGUUGCUAGAAAGGUAGAACUUGUUUUUCUUAAAAUAUGGAAGAUUUUAGAAAAUAUAUUAGGUCACAUGAUUAAGGGAAGAAAUAGACUAGAAAAGGCUGUGGACUUGAUUUUGCUGACUAAACAAAACCAAGUAAUUAAAAGAUGAUUUAUUUAUAAAGUC